UAGAUACAUAACCUUAAAAACUCCGAAACCACAUCUGACAGCCAGCGGAGUAAUUGAGUUAUUGCAAAAACUGUAGAAUAACCAAAAAAUAAAAUUGAUAAGACCAAUUCAAUUAUUUCUCACCACAAUUAAUUUUAUUGAGUAAAAAUGGUGGUGAGGCAGUACCAGGAGGAGCUCGAGUAUCUGGAGAAACUCACUGACCACAGUUGGAGAAUAAAAAAGGGUUUUCAGCCAAAUAUGAAGGUCGAGGGAAUUUUUUACGUGAAUAAUACACUGGAGAAACUCAUGCUAGAAGAACUCAAGAACUCCUGCAAACCUGGACAAGUUGGUGGAUUUUUACCAGGAGUUAAACAGAUUGCAAAUGUUGCCGCAUUACCUGGUAUUGUUGGAAGAUCUGUGGGACUUCCAGAUGUUCAUUCUGGAUAUGGAUUUGCCAUUGGUAAUAUGGCAGCCUUCGAUAUGAACGAUCCUAAGUCUAUAGUAUCCCCAGGUGGUGUGGGGUUCGAUAUAAAUUGUGGAGUGCGUUUACUGCGUACUAAUUUAUUCGAGAAAGAUGUUCAGCCAGUCAAGGAACAAAUAGCUCAGAGUAUGUUUGAUCACAUUCCCGUAGGCGUUGGAUCGAAAGGAAUAAUUCCAAUGAAAGCUCAGGACCUUGAGGAAGCUCUGGAAAUGGGUAUGGACUGGUCAUUGAGGGAGGGUUACAGUUGGGCAGAGGAUAAAGAGCAUUGUGAGGAAUAUGGAAGAAUGUUGAAUGCUGAUCCCUCCAAGGUAUCCACGAGAGCUAAAAAACGAGGACUACCCCAAUUAGGAACCCUCGGUGCUGGUAACCAUUACGCAGAAAUUCAGAUUGUGGAUGAAAUAUACGACCGAUCAGCAGCAUGUAAAAUGGGAAUAGAGGAGAAGGGCCAGGUCUGUGUGAUGAUUCACUCUGGGAGUCGCGGAUUCGGACAUCAAGUGGCCACAGAUGCCCUGGUGCAGAUGGAGAAAGCGAUGAAGAGGGAUGACAUUGAAGUCAAUGAUAGACAGUUGGCGUGUGCUCACAUCAAAUCGCAGGAGGGCCAGGAUUACCUGAAGUCUAUGGCUGCAGCUGCUAACUUUGCCUGGGUCAACAGGAGCUCCAUGACAUUUCUCACUCGACAGGCUUUUGCCAAGCAAUUUCAAAUGCCUCCCGACGACCUAGACAUGCACGUCAUUUACGAUGUGUCUCAUAACAUUGCUAAAGUUGAGGAACAUAUGGUUGAUGGAAAGCUGAAGACCCUUUUGGUUCACAGAAAGGGAUCUACAAGAGCAUUCCCACCUCAUCACCCCCUCAUCCCAGUAGACUAUCAGCUGACAGGUCAGCCAGUAUUGAUUGGUGGUACAAUGGGCACCUGCAGUUACGUUCUAACAGGAACUGCUCAAGGAAUGAGAGAAACAUUUGGAUCCACGUGUCACGGAGCUGGUCGGGCCCUUUCUCGGGCGAAGUCCCGAAGAAAUUUAGACUAUCAGGAAGUGCUGAAGAAACUCGAGGGCCAGGGAAUCUCUAUAAGGGUCGCCUCCCCAAAACUGGUGAUGGAAGAGGCCCCAGAGUCGUACAAAAAUGUGACUGACGUGGUGGACACAUGCCACGCAGCUGGAAUCUCCAAGAAGUGCAUUAAAUUGCGACCCAUAGCUGUCAUCAAGGGCUAAACCCUGAACUGUUCAUAAUCUCUCCAUUCUCCAUUUAUGUACAUCAUUCAUACAAUUACUCAAUAAACUGUGAUGUUUGAA